AUACACGCGGGAAGAAAGAUGGAAAACAUCAGGAUACACACCAAGGCCAAUCCAAUGGCGAAAGCCACAAUCCUCGGCAAGUUUUUAACUUUCUGGUAGGUUUAUUUAUAUAUCUGUCAUUGAGUAGAAUCCAAUUGAAGUAUUGUUUUGACGGACAAACCUCAAUCCCAGAUGAGGGUUCGUUCCACUUCUGCCGCCUCACGGUCACACCGAGUUACAUAAUGUUAGUUAUUGACCAAUGAAUCGAUCUCUUCAGACUUUUCACAGUUUCCACAAAGUACAAUACAAUUAUUUUAUCGUAGAGUUGGAAACGGAUCAUCUGGACUUCUGCUCUCCACUGUUGAGUGUCUUUUUCAGUCAUAAAUUGAUACGUGUCGACGUUGUCCCAACGUUCAAAUCCAACCAAUUAACGCACUUCAAAAUUUCUGUAGUUUUGCUGAAAAUAACCGAACCUUUUUUAAAAUAAACUUAUAUGCACCCUCUGUAAGCUUGAAAAGACUUCUGCAUAACCCCAUACUUCAUUAUGCAAACAGUUCUUGGAUAAAGGAAAUAAUGACGAAAUUAGUCUUGGAUUGCCAGUAAUGGGACUGCGGCUUUCUUGGAGAAUAGGGUAAAAUUUCCGCUCAGCCCUAUACUACAUCAUGCAUUCUGUUCUUGGAUAGAGAAAACAACGACAAAAACAAUAGAUUGCCAUUAGGAAAACAGAUUUGUUUUACAAUAGUAUGGGGCUGUCCGGAAAUUUUACCACAUAAGAUGCUCAAUUUGUCAUUGCAAGCCUCUGGCUGUAUUACUCCUCAUUGAAUUUCUCCUCAAACAUUCUUCUCUUGCUUAUUUUUGAAUGCUACACCCCCUAUUAUUAUCACUAAAUUCACAACUUUUGAUUCUUCAUUUACCCUUCAAGCUAUCAUAUACCUUAACUGAAACUAUACUGUGACACCUGUAUCAACUUUCACACUCCCAAGGCCUUAAUAUUGGUUCUUCCAAUUGUUUGAUCAACGAGAAAUACCUGUCUGCAUGAUAGUAUAUUGACAUCAUAGGGAAAAUUACAUCUUCAUCACUCACGGGGGUCAAAGAGCUAAGUAGUGUCCACUUGAUAUAAAGUGAUCAUUUUAUUUAAUUUAUAGUAACCUUUCAACCCCUAAGAUUGACUUGCGUCUAAUUUGUCUUCACAAUAUCACCUGUGAAUCACACAUUCAGUUAGGUUACAAGAAUAAAGGAAAUGAUCACCAAAUAAAGAAGCCCUUGAUUGUAGUUAUUCUUCAUGUCAGCACCUUAGGAAAUAUGUUGAAAAAAACAGUAUUGAGGUUAUAUAAGUAUACUGGUGUCAUGUAACAGAUUGUAGAGGAUGUAAGCCAAUCUGAUUAUAAGUUAAAAUCAUCAUGAUUUUCAGGUGGAUGAACAAUUUCUUCAGUAAAGGAUACAGGCAUCCCAUUGAUAACUCAGAUAUCUAUAAAAUUCUGCCUGAAGAAGAGGCUAAAGGACUGGCUGAUAGACUUGAAAAGUUUGUUUAAUAGUCUUUUUUAGUUGUUUUUUUAUGUUAGAAAUGGUUAAAUUUGUGAUAAAAUUGUGUCUCAGGAGUAUAAUUUUAGACCCUUGUUGGUAUGUUUAAAUAGACUUAAUUUUUGGUCUCCAUGUGGUAUCAAUGGAACAAUUGUUUAGCUUAGUCAUGAUGAAAUUAAGUGGUAGACAUUAACCUCCUUGGUGAAUACUUGUGGAGUAUUCAUUGUUGGUAUGGAGGAGAUUGAAGUUGAUCUGGACUAGUGCACUGGCCAAUGCUUAGGCUAAAUUAGUUUAAAUGUAAUGUUACAUGCUAUUUACUGUUUGUAGACUUUGGAAUGAAGAACUGAGAGAUGCCCAGAGGAAGAGUAGAAAACCCCAGCUCAGAAAUGCUUUCAUUAAGUUCUUGGGAAUCCGCUAUUUCAUGCUUGCUAUUUUUCCAAUAAUUGAGGUGAGUCUGAUUUGUUUUUUGAAACAGUUUGGCGCAAAGAAAAUUUUAGCAAGUAGAUAAACAAGAAUGAGUCUUUGCCACUCACAUCAUUACAUAUUUAUCUUGCAUAUUAAAAGAUUUUGUAGCAGUUGCUAAGUCUUGGUUAUGUGUCUAGAUUGAAUGAAUCGUAUAUAAAGGUUGUAACUGUUCUGACUUGUAACCAAGGCAAUGGUGAUUGCAACAUUUGGGAUAACAUAUUUAAUGUGUGACAUUAUAAAUCCACAUGUUCCUCUCUUUACUUCAUCAAUUCCAGUAAAUGUUUCUUGGGGUUUCAUUUAGUAAUUUUUUAGUACUCAUGGACCUAAAAAAAGCCUCUUGUUCUCUUUCUAGCAGUGCACUUAGAGGAUGAAUAUUGAAAUUAGUAACGUGUGCAGAAUACUGCAUGCAAAUCAUGCAUGUGAUCUGAAACAUACAUGAUCUGAAACAUUGUGGAAGGAUGCCAGAACAUUUAGGCUGUACUUUCCUAGAUUGUACUAUAUAAGUUUUCAUUAAUUAGCAAAAUUUUGGAAAAAUUCGGAAAUGGGGUUGUAUUCAACAUAAAUAUUGUUUAGGGAAGUAUAUGAAAAAUUUAUAUCAUUAAUUCUUACAUUGAUGUUAUGCUAAUGUUAGAAAUAAUAGGGAUAUGUGCCAAUCAAAGAUUGUUAGUGUCUGCAGUAAUUAACAAGUCAUCUGUUUUGCUAUUUUUGUUCAGGAAGGAUUGAAAGUGUCAGCUCCUCUGCUUAUUGGCAGACUUCUCAGUUACUUCCAACCAGAUCCAGCCAUAAGUAGCACUGAUGCGUACAUUACAGCUGCACUUCUUUCUUUGUGUGCAUUUUCUGAAGGAGCCUUACAUGCUCCCAAUUUUUUCAUCAAUCAAAGGUGCGGUUUGCAUUUGAGGCUAGCUGCAGGGUCGCUGAUAUAUAGAAAGGUUAGUAAACUUAGUGCUAUUGAUAAGAAAUUAUAGAUAAUUAUUAUGUAUUAGGAUUAAAAUGAUUAUUGGAUAGUUUUGUGAUGACCCAUGAUGAUUGUUCAAAGACCUUUGAUUACCUUUUUAAUAAACUUGCAAGUUUUCUGUGUUACAUGUGAUCACACUGUGAUCACAAAAUGUUUUAAGUGGGAAAGUUAAAGUUUCCACCCUUGUUUAUUGUUCUUUCUAAUAACUGACAUGAAUGAUUUUCAUCUUUCAGGCACUGCGACUAAGUCAUGUGUCUUUUAUCAAAACAACAACUGGUCAAAUAGUGAACCUUGUUACUAAUGAUAUACAAAGACUGGAGUGGGUAAUGAAAACUUCUGAUCUCACUUACUUGUUAAAAAGAGAUAGGAGAGACAUCAGGGAAGGAGUUUAUCCUCAAACCAAUCAUAUGAUUAUGAGAAGUCAGAUCAAAAUACAAAAAGGGCUUUUCAUCAAGGUGUUGUGAAACCAAAAUGAAAUUAAUGAAGUUGAUCAAUCAGGACAAAGGGAAACUAAUUAACUCUUUAACUCCCAGAUCAGAUUUGUAAUUCUCCUUACUGCCAACCGUACAAUUCUUAUGAUCUUAGUUCAGAGAAUUUAUUACUGGAUCGACGAAUUAUCCAAAAUUGAUAUUUUUCUUUAUUCUCAUCACUUAUCUGGUUCAUAUCGUAUUGAUAUUGUAAGGAGAAAUUCUAUCUUGGUCACUCAUGGGAGUUAAAGGGUUAAAGACUCAGUCAGAAUGUAAAGCUGUGAUUUUCAUUUGUUGGCUAAGUUACUCUGAUUACUCAAUACAUUUGAAAAUUAAAAAGAGUGAAAAAAAAACUGGAGGACUGUCCAACAUCUUGGUAAUGCAAAGUUUGAUUAUUCACUAAUAAGUCAAAAAGUAAGUAACUAGUUUUGUAUCUUUGUUUGAAAAAGUUGUUGUCUUCUUGUCAUGGAUAGAUGUACAAAUCAAAUGAAAAAGCAAAAAAAAUUUAUUUACAUUAGGGUUGUUGGUAUUUUUAUUUUGGAAGGUGACAAUAUUUUUUCAUUAUACCUGGGUUGCUCCAUUGAUGGUUGUUGUCAUAGCAAUCCUUUGUUGGCGUGAAAUUGGAAUCUAUAUCCUGCCUGGUAUUUUCCUUUUCCUGCUUCUCGGCCCUUUUCAAGUCUAUGUUGGUAGAUUCUUUGCAAAAAUGAGGUAAAUGGAAUGUGAUAUUUUUAUAGCUGCCAACUUUUUUUGUGGCAGAUGUGUGACUAGGUGAGAUAUGUUCAUCCUAAAAGAUGUAGUAAUUUUUGAUAAGGACUAGUCAUAUUGAUGAAAAAAAAUUCCAUGAUUUCUGAAGAUUUCACAAAUAUUGCUAGAGGUGUCUUGAAUAGUUACCAAUUAGGCAGGAGGGGCUACAGCCUUCUCCUUCUUCCCCACAUUUCAGUGCCAAUGAUAUUACAAGCACAACAUAAAAUAAGUGCAGUAAAAUGUUUUGCCUCUUACCGAUAGUCUUUUAAAAUUGUUUCAUCAGGAUUGUGCUGACAAAAUUGUAUGAUUUUUUUUUGUGGUAGGACUUUUUUCAUUUGAAUAGCUCUGGCUUGUGGCAUAAAUCAAGGCAAUCAGAAGGGAGAAUUACUAUAGUUAAAUGGGAUUAUGGGAGUUAAAGGGUUAGAACUGCAAGUUUUAAGGAAAAGGAUGAUUCAACUUUCACAAUAUUCUUUUGCGUUCAGAUCCAAAACAGCUGUCCUAACAGAUGAAAGAAUUAAGAUGAUGAAUGAAAUUAUAUCAGGGAUGAGAGUUAUUAAAAUGUACACUUGGGAAGAGUCUUUUGCCAAGCUGGUGGCAGAAAUCCGAAGGUACAGUCUGUCAAGAAGAGAAAAUUUAUGACUUACAAUCUACAAACUACAUAUACUAGGUGGCAGUCAUUUACUAGAAAUAAUUUGUUGUAACAUUUUGCAGGGGUAAUGACAUUUCAUUUUUGGUUGAUCCUUGCUUUCCAAGAUGUUUUUAUUCUCUGAACAAAAUGUAAUUUUGUCCCAACUAAUUCAUGUAAUCAACUAAUUCAUGGUCAACUGAGUGACUCCCUAUUUCUAUUUAGACCAGCGUACAACAUAAAUUUUUUAACUAUCACAUGAAAUCCCUUAACUCCCAGAAGUGAUUAACAUCUAACUUCUCCCUGCAACAUUUAUAAAUCAUCCAGCAAACAGGUAGUGAGAAUACUCAAACAUGUCAAAUAGAAGUUAAUUGUCUUGAUCUAAUACCACUUAUUUUAAAGGAAAUAUGUGGUAGCUACAGAGGGGAGAAUUGACCACCAGAUCUGGGAGUUAAAGGGUUAGGGGUGCUUUAAAGACACAAGGGGAGUGUUAUUUAAAAUCAAAUCAGAAUUGGAUCCCUUCGGAGUUUGUUAGCAUCUACACUGUAUUUCACGUAUUACGUUUUUCAUGUAUGCAACAUCUCUAUCAAUCAAAAGGAAAGUUAUUUUUAGUAAAAAAAAUGUAUCUCAAUUGAAUUUUACAAACAGUAUUUUACGCUGCAGGUAAGGUUGUACCCAGUAUAAUGAUAACUCCAAGAGUAUUUUUUAUUUUAACCCUGUAGUGUGAAAUCCUUACUUUACUCUUUCAGGAAAGAAACCAAAAUGGUGAAGCACACUUCUUUUUAUCGAGCAAUCAAUUGUGCAUUUUAUCACUCUGCAUUGGCCAUUAUAAGCUUGGUAGUUUUUACUGUGUACGUGAUGACUGGCCAUAUCUUAACAGCAGAGAGAGUGUUUGUUGUUUUGGGACUACUCAUGGCUGUGAGGGUUUGCUUUACAUUGUUCUUUUCUCUUGGUGUGAUGUAUCUCAAGGAAUCAGCUGUUUCAGAGAAGCGUGUGCAGGUAAAAUGUCAUUAUCACUGCAUACAUAUUGGGUAUAUAUACGUGCAUGAUGUAAAGAAUAAGGAUCAAAAGGCUAAGCCCUGGCAAAAGUCAUUAUGUUGUUUUGCGGGCAAGACAGAAAUUGCAUGAAAUUAAAUGGUAUUCCCCCUUCUCCAGUCCUAGUAGUGUGGUACUCAACUUCUCUGAAAUUUUUCUAAACACAAUAUAAAUGUAUAUACAUACAUACAUACAUACAUACAUACAUAUAUAUAUAUAUAUAUAUAUACAUAUACAUAUGUGUUGUGAAACAGGCUUGUAGGGAUGAAAGUAUAGUCUCUCUGUUUUUUUCCCCUAUUGCAACAUAUAUCGCACUCUACUUCUGAGCACUGUAAAACGGAAGAAUCAAUACACAGACUUCCUCUGUGCGUGUGUGUGUGUAUUCUUAACUUUAUCUUAUAUCUUUUUCACUUGUAAGGCAUUCUUAGAGUUGGAAGAAAGAGAGCCAAGUGUGUCUAAUGUCAUUGAAAAUGGUGUUAGCAGCAAAGACAAUGUACCACUUCUGAAGUUGGAAGGAAUCACAGCAUAUUGGGACAAAGUAAGUUCCUCAUUAAUGAACUCGUUACUACAUGCAGUUGCUGAUUAAUAGACAUAUACUUAAGACUUACCCCUUCACUUAACUAGAGAUGCCACCCUAUGAGAAAAUUAUAUUCUACUAAAGCCAAAUCCACCUAACUUGACUUCCCCCUCCCCCCCUCAUGGGAAAAACUUAUGACAGAAUUCUGUUAUUAGGUUAAUGAUCAUUCAAUGAGACUGUUAGUUACAGGGUAGAAAUGAAAAAAAAAUUUGAAAUAUUAAAUCUUUUGUUUUGACACAAAGAAAUAUAGCUUGGAAAGAUGUUUAUGUCAUUUUGACUUUUGGAAAAUAGAGAGUUACAUGAAGAGUUAGGAUUUUUUUCAGUUAAAGUUACCUCUGAGUGGGAGAUUAUUUUGAAGACUUGUGCAGAGACCAGGAGUUACUGUUAAGUCCCUUUGUAAGAUGAAACUUUAGGAUAAUCUUAAAGAAUGGAGAUAUUUGUUCACAUACUGAUUAGUUUUCUGUUUUAUCUCAUUAAGCAAACAUAUCAUUUCAAAAGACAGAAUCCUGUUAAAGAAAUAUCAUUUAUUGUAAUCUUUUAUUUACAGCUUAUGCUGCUUGGUGGUAGGUGGUGAAAUACAUGAUUAUAAAAAAUGUAUUUGUAUUAGCAGGGAUCUCACAAAGGAUGUAAAUGUAUUAAGUAUAAUUAUCUUUCUUUUCAGUCUUUAAACCCCACACUGAAGGACAUUUCUUUAGAGGUGAAACAGGUAGGUAAUCAACUUCACUGUCUUGUAGCAUUACAUGUAUGAGCACAUCACCACGAUAUGGUAAGGGAGGGAAUUAUUUGCUAUUUAUUGAAUAGUCCAUUUUACAGUUACCUGCUUGGUUGCCAAGCCUUUGAACAGGAGUGAGGCUAAGGGUGACCUUGUUAUGAUACCAGCAUUGCUGUUUUUCAAAUGUUAAUUACUUUGUUAUCAUGCUAACUAGAUACUGGUCACUAUCACAACAAGGUCACCUUCAGCCUCACUCCAAAUCAAAGGCUUGACAAUUAAGUACAUAACUGUAAAAUGGCCAAUUAGUAGCAGGGCCCAAAGACAAAAGGAUUGAUUUUAGGUCAUGAAGCACGAAAGGAUCCUAGGGAGGUCCAUAAAACUUGAGCAAGAGCCAAUAAUUUACCCUGUAGAGUCCAUUCUUUUUCUUUCUUCUCUUCUUCUUGAGUGUGCAUCUAGCAGUGCUGUAUAUAGGCCUUUUGGCCUUUUUUGAACCUGUUUGAGCCAUUGCAAACAAGCUUCUGACAUGAAUUGUAUUGUUAUGGUGUUUUUCAAUAAAAAGAUGUGUGAGGCUGUGCAGGUCAUUGUUAGUAAAGUUUUGCUUUUUUGCAAUAAAUGGUUGAGGUAAAGGGAUAAUUUUUUCUUUUAAUAAAAUGAGGCAGCAUAUUUUUGUCAUGCUCUAAUACCAGAAAAUUUAGGUGUGCUUUAGGGAUAAAAAUAAAAUGUAUUUAGAUGAAAUCUUUUUUUUUUUGUAGGGAGAGCUUCAUAUUGUUGUUGGGCCUGUGGGUGCUGGAAAGGUGACUAACAUUUUUUGCAUAAUUUAUGUAUUUAGUAAAACUUAGCAAAUGGAAGUUCAUCUUGCAGCCUAUUGUACAUGAUUUGUACCUGACCAAACAGAACUUCAUUUCAGCUUUUUUUUAUCACUACGCAAUUUGCUAAUACAUGUGUCAUUUUGGUUUUAUUUUGGUGUCAUUGUGGUUCCUUCAGUCUUCACUUUUGAUGACUAUCCUUGGUGAAUUGCCAGUUUCUGAAGGCAUCAAAAAGGUUCAUGGAAAAGUGGGCUAUGCCUCUCAGCAGGCCUGGAUAUUCAAUGCAACAGUGAAAGAAAACAUUCUGUUUGGCAAGGAUUUUGAUGAGGAUCGGUACCAACAAGUUAUUGAGUGUUGUGCUCUAAAAAAGGUAGUAACAAAUUGCUUUUGUAAUGGCACUAAUCAGUUUUGGCUCUCACUUUGAGUUGAAUCAGAGUGCAAGCCUUAAAUGAUUCAGGGUCUAUAUGGGUCUUCAAAUGUUUCUGAAUUUAUGGAAUUUUACAAUCUUAUUUCUUAGGUCAGGAAAUUAUUUUUUAAGGUCUUGAUCUUACAGUAGUUCAUGGAGAACAUGAAUUAAACUAGACCUUGAAAAUACAUGUAAUUUUUCUUUUAUUGUGCAAAGGAGGGGAAGCUGUUUUGUUUAACCUUAGAUGUUUUAAGGUUUCUUCAACCUCUUAUAAACUUUAUCAUCUGCCAAUGGAUCAACUGAAUUUGAUUGUAAAUUGUACUUGCUGCAUGUAAAUACAGUAAAUCCCAGGUAACUUGAAUUCCUAAGGGAAACAAAAUAAGCUUUUGUCAGUUUACUUAAUGGGUGUUUGAUUUAGCUGAUAGUAGACAACUGAAAAAAUGGGUUAAGGAAAAUCAGAGCUUGUUUGAGUUGUCCUUGGGUUUGAGCUAACCAAGUGAGAGUUUGCAGGGUUCAGCUGAAGUCUAAAAAUUGCUAACAUAAUUUUUUGAAUUUGUAACUACAGGACUUGGAGCUUUUCCCUAAAGGUAAUUCAACCAUUGUUGGUGAAAGGGGUUUGGUGCUUAGUGGUGGACAGAAGGCUCGCAUUAGUUUAGCAAGGUGAAUAGGAUUGCUUUAUUUAUUUGUUGUGUUAACCCUGUACACCCCAACAUGAGUAUGCAAAUUCUCUAUACUGUUCCAAAAACAUUUCCCUUGGUGCUGACCAGGAGAAUUUCUUUCAAUUAAUAAUCAAGAGUUUCCUUAUUUGGUAAUCAUUUCCUAUAUUCUCAUGAACUUGAUCAGUGAUUCAGGGUGAUAUUAUUAGGAGAAAUUAGAUGUUAGUCACUCUUAGGGGUCAAAAGAUUAAUUCUUUAUUAUUGUUAUGCAAAUUAUUGCAAACUUCAUCUUAGCACAGAUUGUUACAAGUUAUUGAAGGAUUUUGUCACCCUAUUUACAUCUUGAAAAGUUUACCCUAAAUUUUUAAGUAUAUUAUCUGCAGUCCAUUAGAACCUUCUCUUCCUCAACCAUCACCUUCUCCUCCAGUUUAUCUUUACCUCUUUUAUGUUGGAGCACUGCAGCCAACAGGUAUCAUUCCAGACAUGGACAAUUUUCAGCAACCUAAAAAAUAACUAAAUAUAUUUUGAAAUAACUACUUACCAUGAAUUACUAGUACACUGUGAGGGGAUUACUUUGCACUUAGAAUACUAUAUUUUAUUACUGGUAAUAGCCAUAAAUAUCUCCACCUACCUAGACUCAAGAACAAAAAGAUGUGAGAGUGAAUAACAAUUUCUUUAUACUUUUUCAAUGCAGGGCUGUUUAUCAUGAUGCAGAUAUCUACCUCCUUGAUGAUCCUUUGAGUGCUGUAGACACGCAUGUUGGCAGAGAACUGUUUGAUAGGUAUAGGGACCUAAAGGCUGGUGUUCAAUAAGGAUGAUGUCAGAGUUAAACUUUUAAUUAAUCAAAGUUUGAAUUAACAAGGAAAGUCUUGAGCUCAAGACUUAUCUAAGACAAGAAGUCUAUUUUCCAAUAGAUAAUAAUGAAUAAUAAUAAUAAUAAUAAUAAUAGUAAUAAAAACAGAGUAAUGGCCAGCAUAGGUAAAAUGCUUGUGAUUCUGUUGGUUUGAUUUUUGCAAAAUUUUGUCACUUUUCAGCAUCUGAUUACAAAGUCUGUUUACUCCAUCUUAGCAAAAACUUAGUCUUAACAGAGUAUUUUUAUUGUAGAAUUUUAUUUAUUCAACUGAAUUUCUUAUUCAUUUCUUUGUGAAAAGAACUGGCAAUAAACAAGCUAACUAAGGUAAUGACCUGUUCUUUUUACAGGUGCAUCAGUGGUUUGCUAAAGGAUAAAAUCUGUGUACUGGUAACUCACCAGCUACAAUACUUAAAAGAUGGUACUUCAAUAUUAUGUUUGCAAGAGGUCUGUAUUGCAAAAAAAUUUCAAAGUGGGGUUGUGAAUAAGUGCUUAGCACCUGUCAGAACUGGCAGGCCAGACUAGGAUUUUUAAAAAUGCGUAUUUAGCAUUUCUCUGGAUAUCUUCAUUUUUUUCUUUUAAGUUUCAUCAGAAGAAUAGAUUUCAUUUAGAAUUUAACUGAUCUCAAAACAUUUGUCUUGAAAAAAAAAAACCUACUUCUUUUAGUAGAUGUCAGAGUUGUUUUCACCCUGUAAGACAAGGAACACCCAUCAAAAAAAUGUUGAAUUCCACAACAAAUAUUGCAAAGGGGUUUAGCUACUUGCCAUGAUAUUAUUAGUGCAUUUCUGUCAAGCUCUUUACUUUGAAAGUGAUAGUUGGAAAAAAUGUUUCAUAUUCACUGAAUUCAUCAUAUUGUUCAAAUUUAAUACUUUUCAGUUUUUCACCUUCUCUUUUGGCAAAACUAUGUUAUCCUGCCAUUUCAUUUUCCUAUCAAAUGCCUUUGGGUACAUUUCUGGGUAUAUUGUUGUCCUGACUGUUAGAAAAAUUUGCUGUUGCUUUUUAUUUAUUUCUUUUAAACUUGUUUGUUUUCAGGGCUGUUGCAUAGGUCAAGGUACUUAUUCAGACUUGGCCAAUUCUGGUCUUGAUGUACAGUCUCUUGUCUCCUUACCUGAGUCUGAUGAUGACAGUGCCAUUGAGGCUGAUGAUAUUGAAGUAAAGGAAAAAGAAGGGGGUAACACCACUCAAGCAAAUGCUGUAAAAGCCAAGGUAAGAAAUUUCAUUAUUGUUUGUCAACCUCUUUUGAUAAUUCACAUGUGAGAAAGAGUAGAAAAUUGCUUGACUGCACUAUUUUGUCAUGCAAUGAACACAAGAAAAGUAAUAUACUUAUAUACAACUGGAAGAUUUAACCCAAACAUCAGCAGGUAUAGGUAAAGGUUGUUAAGCAAAGUCUGUACUCGAGCCAAGUGGCCUGUCUAGCCAAAGUUUAUCCCAGUUUCCAUCGCAUGAAGCGACAAGGAGUACAUGUGUUACUACUCCUCAGUGAAUGCCAGUCCAUUGCAAGGAUACUCCCCAGAUUUUUAUCGGGCUUCCCUGGCAAUUUACCAGUACUCAUUUGUACUCCUGGGUCGAAGAGAGGCACUGCAAUAAGUGAUGACACGUUUUACUGAAGAAAAUAACACAUUGACCCGCCAGGUCUCAAACCCAGACUUAUCCAAGAGUCCAGCGCAUUGACCAUUAAGCCACUGUCCCUCCUACCAUUAGUAGGUAUAGUUAUAAGUUAUGUUAGAUGUCUUUCCAAAGAACACAAAACAGUGACCCACCCUGAGUUUUAACUUACUUGUUACUGUUUUUGUUAACAGAAUUCAUCUGAAACAAAAGCCGCAGUAAAAGAAGAUCGCCAUACUGGGACAGUGACUUGGAAAGUGUACUUUGAUUACUGGAGGGCGGGAGCUGGAUUUCUUAAGGGACUGAUCCUCGUGCUACUUGUCAUUUGCACUCAGGUAGAUAGACUAAUUACGUCUUAGAUAUAAACCUUAAUAUUUCUUGUCAAUUGAGUUGGGCAGGACUUGAGGUUAACUUGUUGGAUAAUGACGCAGCCCAUUAUUUGCAAAAUUGAGGGAUGAGGUGAUUAUUUAGCAAAUUCCACUGAAUAGACUUAUUAAGUGAAGGAUUUCCCACAUAGUCAUAUGGUGUCUUUAUUUUGACUCUUCAAGACGUACCCCUUCAUGCUGUUUUUAAAAGUAUCGAAAAACCUUUUCCGUUAUAAAGUCUGUAAACAGCAGACGAGCUUCGAAGUCAGGCUUCAACGUGGUUCGAAUCCAUGACUACCAGAUACUACCAACUGAGGAAAGUUUUGGAGGUUUCUUCUUUCCCGUGGAGGAAUAGUUGAACAUAUUCAUACCCAUUCCUUAGGACAAUUGAUAACAAUCUUUUUUCAACUUUUAGGCAGUAGUCAUGCUUUCAGAAUGGUGGCUCGCUCAUUGGUAAGGUCCUGUUUUUAUUUGAAAUUCUUUUAUUACGUACAAAUAUUCAGAAAGUUAUUGGUCUGUCCCAAAUUGUCAUAACGUCAUGAGACGGGUGUUAACCACAGUCACGUUGGUUUUACCGCUUUCUUAGAGACUGCGCAUUUCAUUCCAUCAAAAAAAUUAUCAAAAAGACUGAAUGAAGUGUUGAACUAAAUAAAUUCAAUAGCAUCUAAGUUGUUGUACGUGAUGACGUUUCCUGAAUGUUCAGUAAAAAAAACUUGUUGUUCCGGACAUUCAGAGCAAUUUUCAAUUGAGUGUUGAAAUCAAUCUGGGAUUGCUUUCGUUUUACUUAACUUUGCUCUGUGAUUGGUCCAGAAAACUCGUUCCAUCGUCUCGACCAAUCAGAUAAAAAACUGUUAAAAAAUGGCGAUUAGGUCCAAUCGAGCUCUCCCGCGCUUCAAGCAGUGUGCUUGUUUUCGCUUUAAGCUCUCAUUGGCUGAUGAUAAUGUAAACCUUUGUUGUGAUUGGUUGCUGGGAUUACUUUGUUUUUGGUCUUUUAACACUCGAUUCAAAACUUCUCGAUGAACAUGUUGAGAGUUGAGUUCCUACCAUUACACUUCGUUAUUACAUGUACUUUACUUAUAGAGACGGUUUGAAACCAGGAUGAAUAGUCAAUCGUAUGGUGUGCUACUUUGAAGUAGGCUUGUCCUAAUAUAUACUCUUGUCGGCGAGAGUUAGUGACCAGUAGAAGUCACUAUAUGGUUAUCUUCAAAAUUAGCUUCUUGAGGAAGAUCGCAAUAUUUAAUCAAAAGAAGAUAUUCUCGUUUGAGUCUGUGUUGGUGCAUGUCAAAUUUCAGGGCGGAUGAAGAGGAAAGACGCGCCUUCGAAGCCGAAAUUCUUCCAAGUAACUCAACAAUUCAGGCGGAGGACCUUGAUAAAUUCAGGAAACAGAACAUUUCUAUAUAUGCUGGCCUCGUGGUUGGUACAUUCAUUCUAGCAUAUGCAAGUGCAGGUGCCUUCCUCUUUAUUGCUGUGUCUGCAUCACAGAACCUUCAUAAUAACAUGUUCAGGAAGCUUCUUGGCGCGACAAUAUAUUUUUUUGAUACAAAUCCUGUUGGUAAGUGUUUUUUGAAAAGCUGGAUGAUAAAUAAUGUUUGUACUUUCUUUUCAGUCAUUCUGGUUAUUUAAUGCUUGAAAUGGAAAUGGCUUUUGUUAAAGUACCAUAUCUUAUGCCAACAAGAUAGCGGUAUGGACACUUGAAAAACUGAAGUCGUUGCCAAUCAAGUGCAAAAAAGUGUAGUCCUGAUGUCAUAGUAAACUACUCCUAGUUCGUCAGUGUAGUUUAUAAUUUCAUUGGUCUUGCUUCACUGCGCUCUUUGAUUGGUCAAGUUAGUAACCUUCUCAGAAGGGAAACGGAACGAAGAAAAUUUUUCCGAGAUGCCCAAAGCCUCUGCCCUAAAACGAAGCAAAGUGCGUAGUCUUCGAUAGGGAAGGAAAAUCAGUCUAAAUUGUUAUGUAGAUACCACUCAUUUGAUUUAAUAUCAAGGGGGUUUUUGUACUCUUCUCCAAUUUGAAAUCGACGGCGUAAGAUUUCGGCAGUGGUUUUUGAAACAUGUUAGGCUGGUUGCUCGUUGUAAGUCAAAGUUGUUAUCGGCUCCUUGUGAUAUUUUUCCUUCUUCUGAUUGGCCGUACAACACUCGGACGAAAACCGUUAUGAUACAAUAAGUUAUUUUGAACAGAAGUUUUGUUUUGUAUCCUUUUUCUUUUUAUUUAUUUAUUUAUUUAUUGGCAAAAUCUGACCAGGCUGGCCGAGUUCAGCUGCAAGCUGGUUUGAAGGGGGGCCUAUUAAGUUAUAAAUUGAUUUCCUUUUCGUUUCAGGACAAGUGUUAAACAGGUUUUCAAAAGACAUUGGUCAGAUGGAUGAUCUUCUACCUUACACAUUUUAUGAUUACUCUCGGGUAGGUGCCGUCAGGUGCGUUUACGUGUUAUUUUCCGUGGUAAAUUUUUGUCAAAAGGCUUUCUUGAAACUACCCACAGUUUUCAACGGAUCCACCCCUCCAAAAACACGGUAAUGAAUUUCACUUAACCUCUUCAAUACCUAGACUAAGUUGUGUUUGUCGGUUUAUUCUUCUAUUAAAAAAGUAUGGUAGAAUUCUGGACACCUGUCUAGGCGGGUGAUUUCACCAACCAGGGGAUGAUUUGGGAUAUUUGAUAGCCCCGAUGACAACUCUUCAAAUUCGUUAAUUGCGUGACUCAUUUACACCUUAUUUUAUAUUCACCACAUAGCUGAUGCUGCAGGCAUUUGCAGUCCUCAUGCUGAAUGUGGUGUUUGUGCCAUACUUGCUGGCAGCAGCUAUACCCAUCGUGCUUCUGUUUCUGUUCAUACGUCACUACUACUUAAAGACCGCCAGGGAAGUUAAACGUAUCGAAGCAAUGAGUAAGUUGCGACUUGUCUUCUUUCGCGCAAAGCCAAUGUAUAUAGAGAGGGGCUGAAUGUUCACGAUAUUUGAAAAUAACGUUUAACAAUGAUAGGAAAGUAUCGAAACGAAAUUGUAGAAGAUCAAGGAAAGAGUUCUUCCGUAGAGGUUAGGUACGGAGAAACCUUAAGUUCCAGACAAUGAGUGAACCAAUUGUUUUUAAGAUUACUUUCAUACCCGUUGCGCCAUAUAAAAAUAGAAUUACAGGGAACAGGGUAAUGGUAUCUUUGGAUUACUGGGAAUCGUCAUUUUUUUUCAAGGGGUUGCGGUGCGGGGGGUGGGAGGAGGGGGAACGUACGGACGAUAUUGUGACACAGAUAAACCUGGUCUAUCUCAUCAAAGAGUUUUCUGUAUCUCUGAGGUAGAGCACUGCACCGCGAGGUUCGGCGUUCGAUCAAGUGUGGAGGCGUAGUUGUUUGAAUUGCUCCACGCUUGUGACAAACGAAUGUUAUCUACUACGAUGUUCCAUUUUAUUGAAUUGCAUUUCGAUUUCUGUUUCCUCUUUAGACCGGAGUCCAUUUUAUUCCCACAUAUCCACCAGUCUUCAAGGCCUGACCACCAUCCGAGCUUACAGAGCAGAAAAUCGAUUCAAGAAUCAAUAUGAUGUGUACCAAGAUAACCAUACGGCUGCUUGGUUCCUGUUCAUGACUGGAUCGCGGUGGCUUGGAGCCAGGCUCGACUUCAUAUGCACAGUGUUUAUUGCCUCAGCAGCAUUUAGUCCACUUUUUCUGGCUGAAGGUGGAAUUCGUAAGUGAAUUUUCUGUUGGAGGUGGAGAUUCUCUGGUUUUCCAGUCACUACAUAGCUUCGCCGUUGGUCCUGUGAAUAUUGGAAAUUUCCUUUUUUCCCUUGGCGAAACGUUUUGUUUGUUGUUUGGGGUUUUAGACAAACUCUUAAUCUUCCUCAAUUCAACAUUUAAAUAAGCUGGCGCCGUUACCUUUUAAUGGCACGCGUGAAACAGGUUGAACGAACCCUUUAUUAAAUUUUUUUCACCAAUCUGAAACACCGUCCAAGUCUGGCGAGCAGUUCUGAACCAAACCUUUUUUAUACCUUGAUACAUUGUUACCCUUGUAUUUCCCUACAAACAUCUUACGAUGUUAAGUUAGAAGCAUCCGAAUCCUUUGAAGGCUUCUAUAGGUCAACAUAAUUCACUAGUGUCUCGCUAUUGGUUGACGCCUUUCUUGUUACUGUGAUUUAUUUGGAGUUUGAUGGGAAAACAGGUAAAAAAAUGGCUGGUACCUUUAAGUUUCUACUUUUCAUUUCAAAAGUUACUUUUUACGGUUUCACUUAGAGCUGCAUUGAUUCCCGUGUAAAUCACAAAGUUUAUGCUCAUAUAUCUCUGCAUCUCUGGCGUGUUCUUGUGGAAAUGUGUUCCUGAAUUGCAGUUCCAGCAUUUCAAUAUUCUUUCCUAGGUAUGUCUGCAGGAAUAGUCGGCCUAACCCUGACUUACGCCAAGAUGUUAACAGGAGGGUUUCAAUGGUGUGUGCGACAGAGUGCUGAAGUGGAAAAUCUCGUAUGUGGCACAAUUUUAUCAUUUUUAACUAGUGUCUUUUUCAGAAGACGUAUGCUUCAGAAAUCCUAUGUUGUUUUCUCUGCCAUACGAGGUACAGAUGAGAUUGGUUCCCCUAAGGGAACAGUCACCGGUAGUUAUUCAUCGCCCGGGGGGGUCGGAGAAUUUUAUUUGUGUCACAAUAAAAUUUACCUGAUCUUCCUACAAGGAUCUGUAAAAUUCUUAUUCCCCCCCUUAGGCAGUGAAUCUGCAGUCAGUUUUCUAAAACCCCCCCCCCUUUAUUUUCUUUUGGUGACGACUGAUCCCCCCUUCCCCUUACUCUCAAUACUACCUGAUGCCCCCCAAAAUCUUCCACCGCCCCAGGUGAUAGAGAGUGACUGGUCCUCUACUGGGUAUUGAAAUUUUAAACGAAAAGACAUGUUACACAUUUUGAUAACAAAUCGCAGUAGGUAGUUAGCUUCUAACUUGCUAGUCCUUUUGAAUGGUGGAGAUAAAAAUGAUGUGGUUUAUGGAGCACCCUUCUCUUUUAAUUAUGUUAUUUUGAUAACGCACGAGUGUAAGAAAUUGUACAGUUGUGAGUCCCCAUCUUCAAAGUUUCCAACUUCAUACAAGGAUGCUCUGCCGCUGAUCCGUAGAGAACUCGUUUUUAUGUGACAAGUGUCAUUCGUCCUGUGAGAAGGAGGGGAAAAAAAAGGAAUAAUUUUGGUUCGCCUGUCGAUAGCACAAAGAGGCUUGUCACGAAUUCCAACUUUAGUACCCCGUAUUGCCAAAGAAAGAGCCUCUCUACCGGUUGUAAUUUAUCCGGAUACCUUGAAAUGGAAUUCAUUUGUUGUCUUACAAGUCUGACCCUUUUUCCUAUUGUCCUUCAGAUGACUUCAGUGGAGCGUGUUAUAGAGUACUCAAAGUUGGAACAGGAAACCCAAUCCCACGACAAAACUGUUUCAGUACCAGGCAGUUGGCCUCAGUAUGGGAUAAUUACAUUUGAGAGCUUUUACUACAGACAUCAUCACACAAUGCCUCAAGUCUUAAAGAAAUUAAACUUGUGCAUACGGGCGCAAGAAAAGGUACGUUUAUUUCCAAAUAUUUUUUCAACUGCUUCGUGCCCAGAAGUCUCUUAAUGAGUGAGGGAAAAAAAUUAGCGCUUCAAGGCGAAAUGGAAAUUCGUCUCCUCUUUUUUUCUACUCGUGUUCAUUCUCGUCGCCAGUCGUUUAGGAGAGUGUUCGCGCAACUCAUCAGUACACUGUGGGAGGCAGGCGUUUCACAUUUUUAUAUUUGUCUCAUAUCUAUGGAAAACCCUGCCUGUUGUUUGAAAUAUGGCGCUGAUCAUGUAGGUAAGAAUACAGCAAUCACCAUGCACAAGACUAACACUUUAACUCACUUAAGUAAAUGAAGUCUUACUUAGCGCGAGGUUAUUAGGCAAUCAGCGGAUCUCAAUAUUUCUUUGAAAUGUUUUGAGAAAACAAGUGAUUUCCAGUGUUACCAAAAGGCUGCCUUGACCUUGCUAGUAAAAGUCAACGUGUAGAGAGAUCGGGAUGAUUUUUUUUUUUUUUCAUGAGUUGAUAAUGUGUAUUGGCCACUGCAAAGAGUUUCUAGAGCUGACGCUUUGGGGUUAGCUUGUCGUCAACCCUUUGUUCAUUCGCUCUGACAAAAGGCUAAUGCACGAAACUUCAGUUAAAGAAAAUCUUUACGGUUGGAAAAUGGCUUGGCUAAAGAGAAGAUGGUUUAGAAGCAGUUUUGCUAAAUUGCGCAAUGUCGCCUUUUACGCCACAGUAUGACUGCUGUAAAUCCUCAUGGGUCGAUUGUUUUCUAAGGUUUUGAGACAGAGGCUUUUAAGAGAGGAUGGAGGGAGGGGGAGGCAACAUCCUUCAAUCUUCCGCCCCUCCUCAAUGAUCAUCGUAUUUCUGUGGUUGAAAACCCUGGAGAGUUUAAAACAGAAACCAAAAGGGCAGGCAUUCAAAUGGAAGAGUAUUUUGAACUGGGACGCUACCAUCAGCUUAAACGAUUUACUUGCCGUCUACGGAUCGCCCUUUACAUAGCGUUUUUAUAGCAUUCUGUUUUGCGCCGGGUUUCUAUCUUAAAGUUCUUACAUAUAGGAGAGUAAGACGGAAAAGAGACUUGGCAAGGCGUUUAUGGUAAACAGUCUACGGUGUGUGAGUGAAAAUGGAACAUUCUGACUUGAAACCAAGGGCCGAAAAGAACGUGAGAUUGUGUUUCAAAGUGACGUCUGUUUUCUUGUUUGGUUUUAUUUUGUUCUCCGAGGUCGGUGUUGUGGGCAGAACUGGAGCUGGUAAAUCAUCAUUAAUGGCUGCGUUAUUCAGGAUGGCUGAACCAGAAGGCACAGUUCGUAUAGACGCUGUUCCCAUCACGGAUGUUUCAUUACGUGACUUGAGAAGCAGCCUAUCCAUAAUUCCACAGGUAACGCAAUCCUAAGUCAAAUAAGAGUCUGGGAAAAUGUGGGAAAUGUUGCCUAUUUCGUGAAAGAAUCACCUAUGGGCUUACAUGUGAGAUGACGAAUGGCAGCAUCUCCUUCUUUGUUUAAUUUUAAAUCCCUACAAAUGUGAAGCAGCUCUUUUUUUGGUCGUCCAAGUAAACAACAUUGGCAAGGAAAUGUACUCCACGUACCUCAGGAUAAAAUAUUUUGGGUGUAUAAUGACUGAUAACCAAAUUCAACCAAUCAACUGCGCUUCAAAAACUCGACGGCACUUUCCACCAAUGUGGAUUUUUUUCUUUGAAAUUUCUUUGAAAUUUCUUUGAAAUUUAGAAAUAUUUUGGGAAUUACUCUGUGUCGAGAAGAACGACUUAAUCGAGAGAAAACUUAACUGUACACAGUAGCACUGGUUAGUUUGGGACUACGAAAUUUGCUCACAUCUCCUAAUUUCGAAUGUCAAUGGUUACACGAAAAAAUAAUUUCGGACAUUUGGACGUGUUCGUGGUUUGCUGAGAUUGAUGGUAACAUUUUAAGUGAAUUUUUUAAUAUUUUUUUCAGUGGCCUCGGAACCAGACUGUUUUUUCUUUCUUUUUCUUGUAUUAAGUUAUAUUUCUUACCUAUGUCAAUAUAUUUUUUUCUUUUAUCAAGGACCCCAUCCUAUUUAGCGGAAGUCUGCGGAAAAAUUUGGAUCCUUUUAAUCAAUACAAUGAUACGGAAGUUUGGAAUGCCUUAGAAGAGGUAUUUUGUAAGGAAACAAAGACUGAAAAUAAAAGCAUGGAAAUAAAAUACAAAUCUGAGAAUUAUAUUUCUAGUGAAAGGAAACAGUUGCGUGAACUAAAAGUCUGUGUUGUCGCAUGUCUCAUGUCUCCUUCCCAGGUGCAACUCAAGGAAACAGUUACUGAAUUGCCUGAUGGUCUGAACACUAAACUAACGGAGGGAGGCUCGAAUUUCAGCGUUGGACAGCGGCAACUUGUAUGUCUAGCGCGCGCGGUCCUGAAGCACAACAAAAUACUUAUCAUUGACGAAGCAACAGCGAAUGUAGAUCACACGUAUGUAUUUUUGUUAUUUUAAAUGGAAUUAUGGGACAAUCCUGAACACACGAAGAAACCAGACUAACGUUUCGUACUCCGGCUCAGAUAACUUAUUUCUCGCUGCGUGAUUAGUUUAUUGCACUAGCAGUGUAAACUGCGACUAGCUCCAUAAUGCUGCAGUAUAUGCAUACUUCAAAAGUGCCAAAAACUAAUUGGAAAAAAAAAUAAUGAUAAUAACAACAAAUGAAUUCUGCGGAGUGCGUUGUGCUGGCUUUUAAGCUAAUGAAACCCUUGACGGUUGAGAAAGCAAAGAAUAGCGUAUAUUGCAAAUGACUUUCUGUGGAAAUUCUUUCUUAGGGUUUAAAAUUGGACAACCAGGGUUUAUUGUAGCCCCUUAAAUAAAUCUUUGCUUCAUUGCACAUGCCAACAAUAAAUCCUGGAACGAAAGACCACAAACGUCUCUUUGUUUCAUUUGCGUAACUAAUUUUUUAAAAAAUUUUUCGUUAGCACGGACGCUUUGAUUCAGGAAACGAUUCGCAGCAAGUUCCAAAGCUGCACAGUGCUCACUAUUGCUCACAGACUUAACACCAUCAUGGACUCUGACAGAGUAAUGGUAAGUUUGAGUGCACAAUAUGCUCUGUAUGAAGUUGCGUGAUCAGUGUUUGGAUAGGCAGUACGUCCUUGUGAUUGAUGCCAUCUCUCAUUUUGGCUAUGUUUCGAAGUUAAACGUCUCUCUUCUCUUCGUGGUUGAAGUUUUUAUGAGGCGGACAGGCGGAGACCUUGCCGCUUCAGCCUUUAACUUCCUGUCUUGUUCGCCUCUAGUUGUUCCUUUCUCAGCUGUCUGUAUCGCAUGCUACAGACCCCUUUGAAAGAAGAACGAAUUAGCCAUAUGUUUAUAAACGUUGUUUUUUGGCUGAGAUAAGAUGAACUCUUUGCCGUUUGAUUUCAAACGUAUAUUGGAAGGUGUCGGGCUCUUAUUCCCACCGGGUACUCGGAUUUUUUCUUUGUUCCUCACUGUUGACAAAUACCUAGCAUCUUACUCUACUCAAUUCUCAAGCUCAAAAUUUUGCAUCUCUUUGCUUACAGGAGUUUUAAGGGUAUUCGCCUAACAUAUUCAUUGACCAGCACACAUAAUAAACUUUCACUUUUUGCUUACUUUUGUUGUGUUUUUCACUUUAAUCGUAGGUACUUGACGAGGGGAGACUUGUCGAGUUUGACGAACCUUACCUUUUGCUCCAGAAAGAGGACAGUCUGUUUUCGCAAAUGGUGGAACACACAAGCAAACAUUUGGCGACAAACCUAUAUGAAGUGGCGCGCCAGUCAUUCUUUUUGAGACACAAACUCAGCGAUGAUGACGACCUACUAGAUAUGUUACCGAAAGUCAAAGUUGAAAGUCCGUUACAGGAACUGAAUAUUGACAAUAGCAGAACGCCUUCACCAAUUUUAAGAUCUAGUUCCUCCUUAGGAAAAGAGAGAUUACUGUAUGAAACAACAGUUUGACUUCUUAUGUAUCACAUAACAGUUUGACUUACUAUGCAUCAAACAACAGUUUCACUUACUAUGCAUUAAACAACAGCUUCACGUAUUAAACCAGAGUAUGCAUUGUUCUGUUUCCCUUGAAAAAUGUUCUUUAAUGUCUUUAACCCUUUUCUGACAAGCCUCCAUACUAGGCCCCCUACCAGGCCCCUCUCUAAUAAGCCCUCUCCUUGAUAGGCCCCGUUCGCCUCUAAAUGCCCCUCCCUAUUACGCCCCUCGCCAAUAAGCCCCCUUGUGUAGAACUUCAAAAUUAUGACUCCCCUCGCCCGUGAAGAAAACAUUGUAAACCAGCAGUUGUUUUAUUCAGUGUCAUUCAUCCACGCCACGUAGCGUUUCAGCAAAUGAUAUACCUUCAUCCAAAAGCCCGUGUUAGUCUCCUUUAAGAAUAUCGCAGUUUUUAAUAGCCUUGAUGGUUAAUCACUCACAGUUAUCUAGUAAGCUAGUUAUUUUUAGACUGUUUAAGGUUGGUUAGUACAACGUACUCCAGUAUGGAGGCUGUUCUUCAUAUUUUCUUGCGUCACGGAAUAAAAGAGGUUGAGAUAAUCAUUAUUUAAGCAUAUAAUGAGAGAAAAAUUGAAUUACGCUUCAACGUUGGUCAGGAUCAGGAAAGAUAAACAACUAUGACUCAGUUAUAGGAUUCUAGAAUAAUUUUAAAAGAAGGUAAAGCACUAGGAAAUCCUAUUGUAAAUUGAGCUUUGUAUAUUCGUAUAUUCGUUGGG